AUGUCUUAUAACAAUUUGGAAGGUUCAAUUCCGUCAUUCAGUGGGGCCAAGGAUAUUGUUGCCAUAGACCUUUCCUUCAAUGGUCUAAUCAGUACUAUUAAUUCCACCCAUUGGAGAAACCUUACUAAGCUAUCUUAUCUCAGGUUGGGAUCCAAUAAGCUCGAUGGGAAUAUCCCAUCAUCUCUGUUUUCUCUUCCCCUGUUGGGUACUCUAGAACUUUCCAGCAAUCAAUUCUCUGGUCCAUUCGCUGAAAUUUCAAAUGUAUCUUCCUACUUGCUUUCUGGUCUUGAUUUGAGUAGUAACAAUCUAGAAGGGCCAAUACCUAUGUCUAUCUUUAGCUUGCAAGGUCUUAUCAAUCUAGAUCUUUCUUCAAAUAAUUUAAGUGGUUCGUUUCCCCCUGACUGUCUACACCAACUGAGAUAUCUUUCUGUACUUGAUCUUUCACAUAAUAACUUGUUUCUUACCCAUGAUUAUACCAAUUUCUCAUAUUCCUCAACUUCUCAACUAUCUGAUUUGAGGUUGGUGUCAUUGCAGUUGAGAACAAUUCCUAAAUUCUUGAGAAAUCAAUCUAACUUGGGAAGUUUGGACCUUUCAGAUAACCAGAUAAAUGGCAAGAUACCCAACUGGAUUUGGAGUCUUAGUGAUCUUAGGUACCUAAAUCUUUCUUGCAACUCCCUAGAUUCUCUAGAAGUUCCUUCAAUCAAUCUCAGUAAUUUAAUGUACCUUGACCUCCAUUCCAACCAGUUUCAUGGGAAAAUCCCAAUUUUUCCAUCACUUUACAGUGUCUAUUAUCUAGAUUUCUCGAGAAAUUAUUUCAGCUCUCCCAUACCGAGUACCACUGGAGAUAUGCUUGUAAAGACUGGAUUAUUGUCGCUUUCGAGCAAUAACCUCAAUGGGAUCAUUCCAGAAUCAUUAUGCAAUUCAACAAGUCUGAAAGUUCUUGAUCUGUCCAAUAAUUCUUUGAGUGGCACGAUUCCUCGGUGCUUGACUACAAUGACCACGCUCGCAGUACUCAAUUUAAGGAGGAACAAUCUUACAAAUGUUGAUGAGUUCUCUCAUACUUGUAGUUUAGAAAUGCUAGAUGUCAGUGGAAAUCAUAUUCAAGGCCAGUUUUUAAAAUCUCUUGUCAAUUGCACCCGAUUAGAGGUUUUAAAACAAUUUGAUAACAGAACCAUUUCCAUGUUUUUUGAGGAACACAUCCACCUUAUCAUAGACUUAGCUCACAACAAUUUCAGUGGUGAAGUACCUGGAACAGCUUUGACGACUUGGCAGGCGAUGAGGACUAGCAAAGAUAAUGCCCCAUGGAAAAUCCGUAACCUUCAAGUUGAGUAUGGUGAAACUUAUUAUCAAGUAGAUACAAUCAUGGUUAGCAACAAUGGUUUAGAGAUGGAGCUGGUGAAUAUUUUAACAAUCUUCACCUCCGUUGACUUCUCAUGCAACAAGUUCAACGGAUCAAUACCGGAGGAAAUUGGAGAACUCAAAUCAUUAGAUGCCCUCAACUUGUCCAACAAUGCAUUCACAGGUGCAGUUCCAUCAUCAUUAAGUAACUUGAGUGAGCUAAAGUCUUUGGACCUUUCGAAAAACAAAUUGAGCGGUCAAAUCCCAGUGGAGCUUACAAAACUCACUUUCCUUGCAUUCUUGAAUCUCUCAUAUAAUCAAUUGGUCGGGAGGAUACCAAGCGGUGCUCAAUUUUCAACAUUUGAUGCAGCUUCCUUCUAA